GGUUGCUUGUGUAUUGCCAGACCUUUCGGGUAUUCCACUUCCGCGGAGUGCUUUGUGUUGUUAUUCGUUUUAUGUACAUUUAACUCUUAAGAACAAUCUUUUGGCCAGCAUUCUUCCUAGUUGCACUUCGCUAUCCUAUUUCUUUUUUUUAGUUUACUUGGAACUAUACAGUACAACCUGAUUGGCGCUAGUGAUUGAGUUGGUAAAGUGACGACACAAGGCGACCCGCGACCGAAAGGAGACACCAUCGCAAUGGCGAACCGUAUCGCGCUUGGAUUACUGUUCGUGUGUGUAGCAAUCACAGUUCAGGUUAACGGAGAGGAACAAAUGCCUAGAAAUCUACACAAAAGACAUGCUGACUUAGUAAAUCGCCUUGAAGACUACAACCUAGUACGACCAUACCGAUCCACAAAAGAGGGAGAGUUCAUUAGCUUUGACUUCUCGACAUAUUCGAAAGAACGAGCAGAAUACAAAAGAAUAAAACGAGCCGCCACAGAGCUUCCAUUCGAAGAAGAAGCAGAUGAGGAAAACCCAAGUGAAUAUGUAACAUUUGAAGUUGAUGGAGAACCAACGACAGUGGAAGUGCAAGAAACACCGUUGAUUAACAAGGAUAUAAAGAUUCAAAAAAUAAAGGAUGAUGGUUCUGUUGAAGAUAAGCAAAUUGACGAUAGUUGCAGAAGCUACGAGGCCAAAGACAGUGCUGCUUUUGUCAUGUGUGGAGAUAAAGUGAGUGGUGUAUUGAACAAAGAUGGCAAGGAACUUCUUAUUGAACCAAUAGAAGAUGGAUCCGCCAACCCCGACCAAGGAAAGACGCAUAUCAUGUACGAUAGACGUAGCCUGACUAAACGAGAUGAUUCUAAAUGGGGAGAUUUCGAUACUGAGGCUAUAGUUAAUCAAGUGAAUGAAGUCGAUAGUGACAGAGUUAAGCGCGGAGCCGGAGGAAAAUACUACAUCGAGACAAUGGUUGCCGUCGACAAUACAAUGGUUGAUUUCCAUGGAGAAGAUAACAUCCCUACGUAUAUUCUCACCAUGAUGAACAUCGUCAAUGAAGCGUACCAUCACAGCACCCUUCAAACCGACAUCACAGUUGCUGUCAUCAGGAUAGUAAUGCUCAGCAAAUCCCAGGCAAGUGGAAUGAUCAGCGGUUCUCCAGCCGCCAGUUUGAGGAAAGUGUGUACUUGGGCUUACAAACAAAAUACCCCAGAUGAUAGCAAUAAAGACCAUCAUGAUCUUGCUCUCUUCUUCACACGCGACAGCUUCGGACCAGCAGGAUAUGGCCCAGUGAGGGGUAUGUGUAAUGAUCUCAGAAGUUGUGCCCUUACCCGAGAUGAAGGCCUUUUAUCGUCAUUCGUAGCCGCACAUGAGGUGGGCCAUGUUCUGGGCAUGGAUCACGACGGACAAGGGAAUGCCUGCCGAAAGGACGCCAAUAAGGGAAGUAUCAUGGCCCCUCUUGUCACAGCAACCUACCACAAAUAUUUCUGGUCAUCAUGUAGUCGCAAAGAAAUGCAGGCUGAACUUGGAAAUUUCAACUGUAUGAAUGACAAUCCUCAUGCUAGCACCACCAAUCAAUUCAAUCCACCCUCAGGAUUACCCGGCGAAAGCUACUCUCUUGACGACCAGUGUCGAUUCGAUUUCGGAGAAGGCUUCGGACGCUGUACCGCGUUUGGCGCUAUGGAUCCCUGUGGUCAACUGUGGUGUGCUCAACCCUCGAACCCAUUCUUUUGCAAAACAAAGAAAGGACCGGCUCUUGAUGGAACGUUUUGCCGAAAGAAGUCGUGGUGUAUGCAAGGAUCCUGUGUAAAGAAACCCAAGAAAUCGGGAAGUUCAAACCCUAUACCUUCAGUGGUAAAUGGAGGUUGGAGUGAGUACACCGAGUUCAGCGAAUGUUCGUUUACUUGCGGAACUGGUAUUGAAGUUCGAACAAGGAAAUGCAACAACCCAGAACCAAAGAAUGGAGGAGCCGAUUGUGUUGGUAGCAAUACGGAGUACCAAGUGUGUAAUCCGCAGCCUUGCCCUGGAAAGACGACCGACACAAGGGCCCAGCAAUGUAAAAACAAGCUCUCUAACUGGCGCUACCUGGACCGGUUUCACUCCUGGGCACCCAUGGAAAACCUUAACAGUUCCUUGCAGUGCCGUCUAACAUGCAUGUCUAAGAAUACUGGUGAUGUUGUAGUGUCAGAUUAUGACGUAACAGAUGGAACGAGAUGUUCAUAUGACAACCCUAAUGGGGUUUGUGUACAAGGAAAAUGUCAGGAUAUUGGCUGUGACAAUGUUUUUGGAUCAGGGAAGACAGAAGAUUUAUGUGGAAUCUGUGAAGGAGAUAAUUCCAAAUGUCGCUCUGUCACCGGCUCAUAUACCAAGUCUGCAAAAAAGAAAUACCAACGAGUAGUAGUUAUUCCAGCUGGAGCUAGACAUAUAGAAAUCAAUGAAGUUACAAACACAAAACAUUUCUUUGCUGUGAAAAAUCUUCGGAACUCCAAAUUCAUUUUAAAUGGAAUGGGAAAACAAUCACAAUCUAGAGAAUUCGUUGAAGUCGGAGCGCAUUUUGUCUAUGUAAACGACGGUUAUGAAGAGAAACUGGUAACAUACGGCCCUAUAACGGACUCUAUAUUACUGCUGGUAUUCAGCACAAAAGAUCAGCGCCGGGGAAAUUUCACCUACAAAUACAUUGUUCCGUCUGAAGACUUGACCAUAUCGAGAAGUGAUGAUUUGUACUUGUGGCAAGAGGUCGGAUGGUCAAAUUGCAACAAACAAUGCGGAGGGGGAUGGCAAACUCAGUCAUUUGAAUGCAGACGGCAAACUGACAACCAGGUUGUGGAAAAUCAACACUGCGGAAUGUCUGACUAUGACCCGUUAAGUAGCCGACGGCCUUGUAACACUCAACCAUGCCAGCAAAAACGAUUUAUAUGGGAGACGGAUCCAUGGGAGCCAUGCACUCGUACAUGUGGGAGUGGAGGAAAUCAAAUCAGGGGUGUGCGAUGUAAGAAAAUUGACAAUGGUCAAAGUAGCACUGUAAACAACCGGAAGUGUCCUGGUCGAAUGCCAGCCAACAGCCAGGCUUGCAAUAACGAUCCUUGUCCUUUAGUCUGGAAGACCGGGGAGUGGAGUGAGUGUUCUGUUACCUGUGGUAUUGGAGUCAUGACAAGAACUGUAACGUGUUCCAUUCCUUCAACGCAAAGUUCAGACUUCAAAUGCCCGGACACAAAACCAGAAGAUAGCAGUGAAUGUGACAUGGGCACUUGUACUAGCUCGCAAAAGGUUAAAACAACGUGCGUUCCGGCUUCUAACACACUAUUAUGUAACCCAAAAUUACGCGAAAUGUAUUGUAGUUUGGAGGGUUAUGAAGAUAUCUGCUGCGUGAAGUGCGACGGAAGUCCGGCUGUUUCAUCAGAUCCAGAUGAAGCUCAAAAUGAAGAUCUUAUUCCAUGAUCUUGCUAGCCAAGAGACAAUAUUUCUGUACUUAUAUGCCUGUUUUGUGAUGUUUUGUACAAAUGUGAUGUGGUAUUCUAGUUAUGAGUUGCCGGCUCAUUAUCUUAAACAACAUAUCAGCCUCAAUUGUAUCUUAUAGUGCAGCUGAGUUUACUUCGCCUUAUUUCAAUCUGACUUAAUAAAAUCUCUCGAACCGGUCUGUUUCCUGCCAAGUACCACAUAGAAAAUUUCCGCUAUGCCAUUAUGGGCGUUGUAAUUUAUGUCAUUAAUAAUAUUGUUUAAUAAUACCUGAAUAUAUUUAAGAGUUACAACUCAAGUUAAUAUAUAUAUAUUAAUUAUUUUGGAUUUAUAUUACGAUACCGUCCGUAAUAUUUAAUAGGACCAAAUUCAUUUAUAGACCUAUUGUCGUCAGUUGUUAAUGAUCGGACGAUGACAUAAAGCUUCAGGCAUUUCAGUUUAUCGUGCCGUUCAUUGUGAAUACGUACGAUGUAUCCGCGACGCAUGAUUUUAUAAAGACAGUAUUCGAGUUUCCUCCUACAUGUUUGUAGGCUAUUUUAAUGUAUUUAUUCAACUAUUAAAUCUAUUUAAGCUUGCCAUGCGCACAGCUGAUGCUUGUAAAUAUUAAGUGAAAUCUUUUAGCCAGUCAUUUAUUUUGUAAAAUACAUGAACAUUUAACUUUAAACAACCUUGGACCUUAGACGUGUGUGUCGUGAACUGGUUUUUAGCAUUGGACAUGCACCAGUGGAGCCCAUACUAGUUUAUAAAGAAACGAAGAUUGUACCAAGAAGGUAUACUAAAAUAAAACUUGUUAAUGAAAAUUAUUUAUUGAAAUAGGGUAUGUAUAGGAGAGAAGCUGUUUUGUAUAUACAGUAUUUCGUGGGUGUAUUUGGGCACCGGAUAGCAUGCGAAGUCAAAUUAUGAAAAGUGUCUUUAAACAUUGACUUAGAAUUAUGGAAGGAUACUGUGCAAUAAAUACUCAUGAUAUAAUAUA